AUGGCUCGUGUUUUUGCGUAUGGAACCCUUAAAAAAGGCCAGCCCAACUACCAGCACAUGGUAAAUGGUAUCCAUGGGAGAACAAAAUUCCAAGGCAGGGGACACACCGUGGAGAAAUACCCUUUGGUGAUUGCAGGAAAAUAUAAUGUUCCUUUUUUGCUGAACAUCCCAGGAACUGGACACCAUGUUACUGGAGAGAUUUAUUCUCUUGAUGACCAGAUGCUGCAAUUCCUUGACGAAUUUGAAGGUUGCCCAGACAUGUAUCAACGUACUCCAGUGAGAAUUGUAGUAGUAGAGUGGGAAGGUAAAAGCAGUGCACCUGAAGAGAGGCCAGCUGUUAACAGCAUUAUGGAAUGCUUUGUGUACAGCACAACUACCUACCAGCCCGAGUGGAUAAAUCUCCCUUACUAUGACAAUUAUGAUUCCUUAGGGAAUCAUGGUCUUCAUUAUGUGCUACGUGAAAGUAGAGAUUAAAAAUGGAAGGUAACACAAUGUAUUAAGAAAAUGCACUAAACACAUGUUGAUCACAAGCCUCUCUCAAGUAAAUCUAGAAUACUUUUAUUGAAGCACCUAAGACCUUUUGUAACCUUUCUAACCACAAAAGCAUUGAUUCUAACAUCAUUAUCAUAGAGAUACAGACUCUAAUGCCAAGCCUGGCAAAAUUUUACUUGUUCCCUCGGCCAAGAUGAAUAAUUGUUUUUGAUGGGUGAGUAAAAUACUUUGUGUUUGGGUUUUUUCUUUCUUUUGUAAAAUCAAGGUAAAAGGGCAGCUGAGUAGAAGGGUUUUUCAAGCUAACUGGUAAAGUUUCAUGUCAGUUUUCUAAAACUGGUAAAACAAUAGUGCUACUGCAAGAUAAUGAAAUAUGGCUGAUUUCAGUAUAUUGGAAAAACAGCUCAGAUUACUUCACGACAAUCCGCAGUCAGUAUAUGUCUCAAAAGAAAACAAUUACAUCUAUGUCAAAUGCUGUAAGAAAAAAAAAAGUGAUAGAAAAAGUAGUAAAGAGAAUUAAAAAAGCCUGAAAAUAGAAUGAACUUCUCACUGUGAGGUGUAACCAACUGUACUGAAUUUUGUCUGUUAAAGCUAACUUGAUUGUAACAAUUGUUUGUAAAAUCCACUGGGUUUAUAAAAUGUAUUAGGAUAAAAUCUUGGGAAUGUACAGGAGUUAAAUUUAAAAUGUUUUUAUUUUGUCCCACUAGACCAUACCAGCACUUUUGGUGCCAUUACAGUCUACUGAGUAAAUGUGUGCUCAGGGACUUUGUAAAAGCUGAUUUUACCUGCCCAAUACAUUAUAGGACUGUUUUAGCAAAGUACUUAGUGAUAUAAUAGCUCAUAACUCUCUAGGAAAUCUUUAAUGCAAAAAUCACAAAUACAUGAAACUGAACUGUUUUUUUGUAAGCAAAGACCUUUUUUUAAUAUUUUUUAAAUGUAAAAAAGGAUUUAGUCCUUUUUUUCUUUUGCAUUAUUUAGGCAAACACUUUUUUCUCUUGCCGCUUGAUACCCAGUAGGUCCUCUACUUUGCAUGUAAUAUUCACAGAGCACAUGCUACAUUCAUUGUACAAACCUGUCAAUGAGGGGAGGGUGUGUGUGUGUGAAAUGUAAUCUGUAGAAUAAGCCAAAUUACACUUUGUGUGGUUCCUUGCACUGGGGAUACAACAUCAAGGUUAUAUACGAGGGAUCGGCAACCUUUGGCAUGCGGCUUGCCAGGGUACGCCCCCCUGGCGGGCUGGGCCAG